ACAGAAAUGGGGAUGUUGUUUGUGGUGCAAUAGCACCAAGCACAUCACCAGUGCAUGCCUCGACAAGGACAAAGAAAAUGUCAAGCGUCCUGGCUCCGGAAACUGAGCACCGCGGGAAGUGCAGCGACAACACUUCCCAGUCCGCCGGAGUCGGCUGCCUUGCUAGCAGCCUCUCUCACAUCUGGGGACACCGCGGCAGUCGCAAGUUCUCGCGUUGAGUACGAGAACUAUGUUGUCGAGCUGGUCCCACCGAUGAACCAGCCUGUCCACGUGCAAGAUUCAAGCAUAUGCGCGGCAGUUCCGCCGUCAGACAAUGAACCGGUGGCUUCGCCAGCCAUCUUAUCGGAGGAUUCGUCAACUUGGGCGAGACUUGAGGAUCUCGACCCGUUGACGGUUGAGGACUUCCAAUGGUUGCUUCUGCCCUCCACCGGUUCUUUGCCAACUCCGCAUUGCAAUGCCUUAAUGGCACAUCUACGCGAAUACUUACACGCUGCAGUACCACCUCCGUCGACGGACGGCGGAGUAGAGGUUGUUGACCUUUGCAAUUUUCUCGCGAAGAUUGACCGCGAGUACGCAACGCAACGGUACGUCGACACCGACGCACCGCUCCUCUACAUCCGCAGUCAGAUCGGAAAGGCGACCUGCAGUGCCUUGAUCGAUUGUGGAGCGACUCGCAACUACAUCAGCCAAGACUUCAUGGCACCAAGCGAGGCCGUGUCCUUCGACAUAUUGGACACCAAGUUCCAUAUGAUCCUAGGCAUGUCGUGGCUGCAAAGCGAAGACCAUCCGGUGAACUUCCAUCGCCGCACCGUUCACGUUCGUGAUCGGCAUGGCGAACUAGUCCCGUGUACGGUGCCGCUUCCUCACCCUUCGAUUGGUUGUCACGUGGUAUCCGUGGCGAGCAUUCGCCAAUCCAUCCGGCGAAACGACAUCGAGGAGAUGGGCAUAUGUUUUCUUCACGCCCUCCCACCCGGUGAUCAGCCCAAGAUGGAUACGUCGGACCCACGCAUCAUUGAGCUGUUGGACAGCUAUGGGGAUGUCUUUCAAGCUCCCGUUGGAGUCAUACCGGAUCGGCCCAUACGUCACGGGAUCACUCUCGAGGACGGCGCCGUACCUCCGCGCGGAUGCAUCUACCGCAUGAGCGAAGAGGAACUUCAAGUGCUUCGAGCACAACUAGACGACCUCUUGGCCAAGGGCUGGAUUCGCCCUAGCUGCUCGCCAUACGGUGCUCCCGUUCUCUUCGUCCGGAAGAAGAACAAGGACCUUCGGUUGUGCAUCAACUAUCGUAAACUCAACGCACAAACGAUCAAGAACGCCGGCCCUCUCCCUCGGAUCGAUGAUCUUCUCGAGCGACUCGGCGGCGCCAAGUACUUCUCCAAGCUAGACCUCAAGUUCGGUUAUCACCAGAUCGAGAUUCAGCCAAGAGAUCGGUACAAGACCGCAUUCAAGACGCGGUAUGGGCACUUUGAGUGGAUCGUCAUGCCUUUCGGUCUUACCAAUGCCCCGGCUACUUUCCAAGCGGCUAUGACGACGGAAUUCCGCGACUUGCUCGACCGCUCCGUACUCAUUUACCUCGAUGACAUCUUGGUUUAUAGUCGGUCGCUGGACGAGCAUCUCGAGAACCUUCGCACCGUAUUGGAGCGGCUUCGUAUCGCCAAGUACAAGGCAAACCGCGACAAGUGCGAGUUUGCCCAGCAAGAGCUGGAGUACUUGGGCCAUUACGUCACGCCGCAAGGCAUUCGUCCGCUCGCGGACAAGUUACAAGGUAUUCAAGAUUGGUCGGACCUCAAGUGUACUACCGACGUCCGCUCCUUUCUCGGCUUGGCAUCGUACUACAUGCGCUUCGUCAAAGGAUUUCAACGCAUCGUUGCACCAUUGUCACGACUUCAGUCCCCCUUGGUGCCUUUCGAGUUCAGCGACGAGGCCCAGCAUGCGUUUCACACGCUGAAGACGGCUUUGCUUCAAGCUCCCGUCCUAAGCAUCUAUGACCCGACGUUGCCUACCAAACGUUGGCGUCACUUUCUCCUCGGGCGUCGGCGAUUCACGUGGGCAACGGACAACAAUUCGUUGACAUAUUACAAGACGCAAGACACGGUGAGCAGCACGAUCGGUCGGUGGAUGUAUUUCAUUGACCAGUUCGACUUCACCUCCAAGCACAUUUCGGGCUCCUCGAACAAGGCGUCGGAUGCUCUCUCGCGAAGACCCGAUCUUUGCGCCAUGGUACACUCCACGUUCGGCCUCGACGAGGACCUCCAACAACAUUUCGUAAACGGCUACAAGUCGGAUCCGGGAUUCUCCACACUUUACGCGAACUUAUCAUCGGACCAACCGCCGGCAAGCAACUAUCGCAUCAUCGACGGCUACUUGCUCCUCCAUACGCGAGGCAAGGACUUGUUGUGUGUUCCCCAAGACCGCAUCUUGCGCACUUGCCUCCUUGGCGAAUACCAUGAUUCGCGGCUGGCAGGACACCUUGGCGUCGCACGCACACUAGCACGACUCCACCGGCAUUUUCACUGGCCGGACAUCAUCAACGACGUCAACCGGUACAUUCAGUCAUGUGCAGUUUGCCACCGGAAUAAAGGGCGCCAUCAGCUCCCUUACGGAGAACUGAAACCACUGCCGAUACCUCGGGCACCAAGUCUCUCCAUUGCUAUGGAUGUGACCGGUCCUUUCCCUCGCGAUCGCCUUGGUCAUGAUGGUAUUCUCACGGUCGUUGACCGUUUGAGCAAUUACGCUCGAUUUCUUCCAUGCAAGUAUCAUGCGACGGCUCCCGAGCUCGCACGACUUUUGCAUACCGGCUGGUUUUGCAGCCACGGCGUUCCGGAAGACAUCGUCAGCGACCGCGACACUCGUUUCAUGUCGGCCUUUUGGGCGGCACUCAUGGUGGAAUCCGGCACCAGCAUGAAACCGAGCUCCGCACGGCAUCCUCAAAUGGAUGGGCAGACGGAACAUGCGCACCAGACUGCGCAGAUGAUGCUCCGCACACUCAUCCGCCCGGAUCAGAAAGACUGGGUUGACCGCCUUCCCGACAUCGAGUUCGCCUACAACACUUCGGUGCACCCGGCGAUCGGCGUAACUCCAUUCGAGUUGCACCACGGCGGACGGAAAGGACGUAUCUUCGCAGACGUUUUGCUUCCACGGGCUGCCGAUAUAGACGCCGCUUGCUCCCCCGCUUCUACACGGAAGUACAGGGAACUGCUGGCCAAAGCCCGCGCUAACAUGCAAAAGGCUCAGGUGCAUAUGCUGCAGCAAGCGAACCGGCGUCGCAUCCCAUGUCCAAUUCGCGCCGGCGACCUAGUUGGGUCACCUCCGAGGAAUUCGCGCUCGAGCAGGAUGUCUCGCGCAAGCUCCUCUUUGAAGUGGUUUGGACCAUGGAUGGUCACUUCAGCAGCUGGCGACGACCCCGCGGGUCCAUCAUUCAUCAUUGAGAUUCCCCCGCAUUUGACGGUACACCCGAUCUUUCACGCUUCGAAGCUGGCGGUUUACACUCCAACCUCCGCAGCGGACUUCCCGAGCAGACGGUCACAGGACCCUCCUUCAAUGGAUGGCCAUCAGGAGGUCGACCGGGUUCUCACGCAUCGCAAGCAUGGCAACAAGCCAAUGCAGUACAAAGUUACAYUCAAGCAAUGCGAUCCGAAUGACACACGCUGGAUCUCAAGAGCUGAUCUGAAGGCAUCAGCACCCCUCAUCUUCGMGCAUUAUGAAAAACAGCGACUUGCUAAGGAAGCUGCYCAACCUGCCCGCCCUGUAYGGACAUCGGACAGACAGCUUCGCCCUCRCAGUUAGCUCGGUCCUYCAAGGGGGGGAGUGUGUGGCAUACUGAGCCACUCGGGCCCCAGUUAGGGCCCGGUUCCAAG